CCCUGACAUAAAAUUCAUCUUGGUGUGUUUCAAAGAAAAGAAACUCGUUAAGCAAACAUCACCACCCUCAGAGCGAGCUGGUACUCAGUGGAGUGGACAGACCGUCGGUAUAAAUGGGAAGGCUCCAGCAGAAUUCCCCACUGGAUCCCUUCUGCCCAGCUGGGAAAGCACCACGCUGGCAGUAUGAGGGGCACGCUGCUGGCACUGGGCUGCCUCAUCCUCCUGCUGCUGGCACGGGAAGGGGAAGGGGAAGGCAACAAGGUGAGGCUCUGUGGCAGAGAUUUCAUCAGAGCCGUGGUGUUCACCUGCGGCGGCUCGCGCUGGAAGAGGAACCUCCCUGAGCAGCACGGCCUGCGCGAGAGUGAAAACCCCCAGCAUUUCCCACACGAGGACGAGGGUGAUGCUGACUUCUCAUCACAGCCAGAGCCGAGGCUGGGGAUCCACAGCGAAGAGCCCCAGGAUGUCAAACCUGAGCAAGACUCGCAAAACACCAGCAAAAUCUCUGUGCUAAACAAGCGAGAGGCAGCCAAGCUGCUCACCACAUCCUGCUGCAACGUGGGCUGCAGCAGGGCAGAGAUCAGCUCCCUGUGCUGA